AAUCGUCAGAGGCGGGACAGAGAGCGCCGCCAGCAACAGACCCAAGCCAACAUGCAAGUGCUCACUAAAACUCAAAAGAACCGUGAGCGCGAUCGUCAGCGACUGCUCAAGAAGUGGCAGAAACAGUUUGGCAAGCAGAUGCAGGAGAAUCGCAGUAAGAUGCCUGUGCGUAACCGUGACGCCUCCGUCCAGAUCAAGGAUGACUGGAUUGUCGUCGAGGAAAUGGACUUUCCACGACUCACCAAGCUGAAUCUUCCGGAUAUCAAAGAUGGAGAGGACUUAGUGACCCAUGGGGCCAUGGAGUACUACGACAAGACCUACGACAGGGUGACCACCAAAAAUGAGAAAAAACUGAGAAGAAUCAACCGUAUCUUCCAUAAAGUCACCACCACUGAUGAUCCAGUUAUUAGACAGCUCGCCAAGACUCAGGGCAAUGUGUUUGCCACCGACGCCAUCUUGGCCACCAUGAUGUGCUGUCCCCGCUCCUCCUACUCCUGGGAUGUUAUAGUCCAGAGAGUGGGCAAUAAGCUGUUCUUUGACAAGCGGGAUGACUCUGAUUUUGAUCUGCUGACGGUCAGUGAGACGGCCACUGAGCCACCUCAAGAUGAUGGCACUGCUAGUAUCAACUCUCCCAGAAGUCUGGCCCUGGAGGCUACGUUCAUCAACCACAACUUCUCACAGCAAGUUUUGAAGAUGAAUGAAGAGAAGCACACCUUUGAGAAACCUAACCCAUUUAUUCAGGGUGCCGAGGGAACUGAAGUUGCAUCCGUGGGAUACAGGUAUCGCAAAUGGGAGUUGGGGAAUGACAUUGUCUUGAUAGCACGGACGGAGCAUGAUGCAGUAACCUACGGGCCCAACAAUGAAAUACAGUUUAUGAAUGUCAAAGCUCUUAAUGAGUGGGACUCCAGGUUUGCUGGAGGAGUGGACUGGCGCAGCCGUCUGGACAACCAGCGUGGAGCAGUUCUUGCGACUGAGUUGAAAAACAACAGCUGCAAAUUGGCUAAAUGGACAGUCAGUGCACUGUUAGCCGGAUCUGACCAGAUCAAGUUUGGCUAUGUGUCCCGCCUGCAUGUCAAGGACACAGCCAAGCAUGUCAUCCUGGGCACCCAACAGUUCAAACCUGUGGAGUUUGCCAACCAGAUCAACCUCAACAUGGACAAUGCCUGGGGUAUCAUGCGCUGCAUCAUCGAUACCUGCAUGAAGCUGAAAGAAGGGAAGUACCUCAUCAUGAAGGAUCCCAACAAG